GUCCUUAAGUGUGACGUCACGUUACCAUGGCGCUAAAAAAUGCAGUUCUAAACAAAAUAUCUUAUGCGAGCGCUUUGGACACGCUUCCUUUGUUUUGAAUGUCUAAAGCUUUAAUUAUCCAGUGUAAUCCCACAAAAGACAGUAAAAAAAAAAACAGGAAAGGUUAAAGGGUCAUCCAAGGGAUCAACUUUUGUUUAAGAAGUGUAAAGGACGCGGGUCAAACGGGCAAAAUGGUUUACUGUUUUGCUCCUACAUGUGGCCAUUCGUCGGAGGGCAACACUUGCAAGUUCUUCGCUUUUCCAAGCGCUACAAAGCAGAACGACGAGUACAAGAGAUGGAUUCGACUCAUAAGAAGAGAAGAUCGAGAGCCCAGCAAGUACUCAAGAGUAUGUAGCUGCCAUUUUAGGAAUGGUCAGAAAGCCAAUGGUCCUGAAGUGUUUGAACGCAAUAAGCAUAAGUUAUUUACUGAACAAAGGGGUCCACCGCCGAAGAAAAUAAAGAAUACUGAAUCAAAGGUAGAGUCUCUUUCACAGAUGAUAGAAUUUGCCCGAAAAAAUGAACAGCCAUUAGUAGCUGACACAGAAGAAAACCUGCAAACAACACAGGAGAUUAUCCUGGAAGCAGAGCUUGACUUUGCCAACAGGGAGCUAAAGGAACUUAACCAAACUGUCCAGUAUAAGAGGAACAAGUACACUGUGUCUGCGCUUGAGGGAGAUGUAAUACGAAUGGAGACAGGUCUUCCAACCAAAGAAGUCUUUAAUAUUGUUGUAAAGCAUGCUCUUAGAUUUAAAGAUAGCGUGAACUAUUUUGCUGGAUGGAAGGUAGAAUCCAUCAAUUUUGAGGAUCAAAUUUUUAUCACUUUAAUGAAAGUACGACAGAACUACACACAGCUUCACCUAGCCCAAUUGUUUCAUUGUAGUGUGGCCACAAUUUCUAACAUUGUUAUAACAUUCACUCAUGUUUUGCAUGAAAUUUUGAAAUUUGUAGCAGCGAGAGAGGAGAAUUUACAAUUACCAUAA